CCUCACUCAUCUUUCGGCCAUUGCACGUCACUCUUUUGCACCCUCUGUCAACCUCUAUUUAACUACCUCGACAGUUCGACCGCCCUCGCUGACCACUGUCAUCUGCCCGUCGCUUGCAUCGCACAGCAGCGUCAGUGGUCUCCGUCGAAAUCUACUACUUUCUUUGGCAGCGUUGUCUUGUUGGGAACCAUAGCUGCGUGCGUCCCGCGAUCAGACUCAUUCCACCAUCCUUGUGAAGGCCCCAUACGAGCGUUACGCGGCGACUGAGGCUACUCAGGCGUCGGUAUUCGUCCGCUUGGGGGGUGGUUAUCAGGCUGGUGCGGGCACAUAGUCGCGCAGUGUGGUCUCCGGCAAGAUACACUUCUGCUACAGAGUCAGAGCUGCUCUGUGCUUCGCGCACCAAAGCUUGGGUGGGUGGGUUCUUGUGUACCACUCAGUCACAAGGGACUACUUUUCUGUAAGUGUAUAGUCUCGCAGUGCAGAAAGAUGGCAUGUUUUGUUCCAAAGAAGACAGUCCCCGCGCGGGUCUAUGAUGGUAAUUCUAACCUUGGGUCAUCGUUGCCUUGUAACCUAGUGUUCAAGACGAACUCCUCAAAAGCGGUAGUUUUGGACGCGAUACAGCCCCCUCGAGCCACGCUUUGCAUAGAGUUUCCUCUGGUCAUAAACGAGGAUGGAUCUGCACUUGCCUACGUUUUGCUGUGUCAUGCCACCUACAUGACCUCUGGAAAACUUCGGCUUGGCGAUACCACUGGUCUUGCCCCGGAAGUAUUGAAAUCGUAUUUGCGCAACCCCGAACCGGAAUUGGCCACACUGUCGUUGAACCUUAAGAAAGCGUGUUCUGCCCUGUACCUGCCUCUUUCACCGGACUCUACGCAUGGAAACAGUAGCUUCAUCCACAUUGACGAUCUUCAAAAGCUUGCUCGAGUCACAAAGUUGGGCGUACUGUUCGACAAAAAGCAUCUGAGCCGCGACCAUCAGCCAAUCCUCGCGCACUUUGUUCAAAAUCCUAAACGAUUCGUCGAUUUCGACGUGCAAUACUACGAAAAGAAAGGUUACAAACUCGCGGUCUUGACAGGUAAAGACGUUGAGCUCGCAGAUCCAGAGGCAGACGUUACCACUGAGGAUGAGGCUUGGCCGCCAAGAUACGAUCUGGACUCGGAAACGUCGCGCCGCUUGCCUUUGACAAACAAGGCCUCGGACACGGGUCAAGGCGGCGGACAUAAGAAACCCAAGAAACUCUGUGUUACCUUCGGCCCAAGUCCCGAUCUUGCUACCUUCGAAAACAUUGUCCCGCCGGGCAAAGUUGCGGGCGCUGUAGACGAUGAUGUAGGUGAGCCCUUGAUCACAAGAAAUCGCAACCUUGUUGCCGCCUAUACGGAGAAAUUUGAGCAAGCUCUUGCUCGCCCUCACGGACAAUUUAUGGAACUGUCCCAACCACUCAAAGGCGAAAGAUCUGAUAUCCUGGAUGCUAUCCGGAAUCUUGAUGUGAAGCUCACAAAGAUGGACAGAGCGCUCACAGACCAAGCCCAGCGACUAGAUGCACUAGAAGAGCAAGUAAGAACCCGUAAAAGGAAGAAACGGGAAUUAGCGCUGGACAAAAGAGCCCUUAUGGCGAGGAAAAUGAAAGCAAGGAAGGAGUGUAGAGAAUUGAAAAGGCUGUCUAAGUUGUUGCGGAAGCGGGAGCGUGAGCUCAACAACUGAGGAUCCAUAUACGGACAGAGCAACAAUGAUGUGUAAUUUAGAACCACAUAGCGUUUCGUAGCUAACAAUGAUAGUAUGGCUCGACUCACAUAUGCCAUUAGUCGUUAAUACCC